AAGACUAAAAACAAAAUAAAAUUUCCCAUAAUGUUUUUCUGAUUUUGACUUUCGGUCCGAGUUAAGUCUUUCUUAUUUCGCCAUAGAGUCAGAGGGAAGUCUGUGUUCUUCACCAGUUGCGGCUGCUACUUACUGUACGAGCUUGGUUCUUCAAAUGAGAUCCCCUUCUGUUGGAUUCACCGGAAUACUUGUGCUUCUUGUUUUCCUCUCUGCUUGCUGUUGCAGUUCUUCUACACAUGGGAGUUUGGAAACGGAGAAAACUUUUGCCAUUAUAAAACCAGACGGAUUGCUUGGUAACUACACAGAUGAUAUCAAGAGAACAAUUGUAGAAUAUGGUUUCAGAAUUUUAAAGGAAAAGAUUGUUCAACUCGAUGAGGGCACUGUGAAAAGUUUUUAUGCUGAGCACUCUUCAAAAAGCUUCUUUUCAAGCCUUAUAAAAUACAUGACAAGUGGACCAGUGUUAAUUAUGGUCUUGGAGAAGGACAAUGCUAUUGCUGAUUGGCGCGCUUUAAUGGGUCCUACUGAUGCAAGCAAGGCUAAGAUUACUCACCCUCACAGUAUCAGAGCAAAAUGUGGAUUGGAUAUGGAAAAGAAUUGUGUUCAUGGUUCAGACUCUCCCAAAUCUGCGCAAAGAGAGAUAUCAUUUUUCUUUAAAGAGCUCUCUGCAGAAUUUCUGUUGAAACUAAUAGUUGUCUUUUCAAAAGAAAAUGGAAGAAAGGGCAUCUCGACGCACUCAUUAACUUGCUGAUGUGGUUGCAGAGCAUGAUGAAUUGUAGCUGCUACAAGUUUGAAGCUCAAACACAACUUUAUUUGCAUUUUUUUUAGGAUCUCUAUAGUUAAUUGUAGCAUAAUGGAUUAUAUAAGGGGAAUGCUUGUUUAUUGGGGGAAAAAAAUUGUAUGAAGCGACACGAAAAUUAUCUAUUCAUGUUUUAUCCAAUCACUUUAUAUAUUUUCGCCCACCAAUGUAUGGUCAUCAAGUUCAGGUCUUCAA